AGAGAGAGAGAGAGAGAGAGAUUGCUCCAUGGAAGCUGUUGCAGAAGCUUCGGCCAAUCUGGUGACAGAAUCGCAGUCUCUGACGAAGAAACGGAUUCAGGUCUCCAAUGCCAAGAAACCGCUCCACUUCUAUGUUUUUCUUGCCAAGAGGUAUAUGAAGCAGCAUAACGAGAUUGAGAUCGAGCUCUCUGCAUUGGGCAUGGCUAUUGCUACAGCUAUUACAGUUGCUGAGAUUCUGAAGAGAAGUGGUUUUGCUAUUCAGAAGAGUAAGCAAUCCACUCUCUUCAAAACCGUAGCAUUCUCUACUGUUAUAUUUAUGAACUAAAUAAAGCUUGCAAUUUUGUCAUGGAGCAGAGCUUGCUACAUCUAUGGUGGACAGGCAAGACAAAAACACGGGCCAUCUCAUUAAGAAAGCCAAGAUUGAGAUAUUACUGGCAAAGAGUGAAAAUUUUGAUGAUCUGAUGAUUGCUGCUACUGCCGCUGCUGCAAAGGAAGCUUCUCCAAAUAAACAAGAACAAUGAUAAACAUCUGUUUCCAUAGCAGAGGAUGGCAGUUGCUGCUCAAGACAGGUUAGAGAAAAGUGGAUCACAAAUAGAAGGAACCAGAUUCAUUUUGGUGGGAAAGAUGAUAAGGUUAGUCUAAUAGCUGCUAGAUUCUUUUGACUACUUUAAAUCAGAAUAGGCCUAUCCAACGAUUCAGGUUGAAGAUGAAGCUUAUCCAACCACAGAAGAUGAAGAUUCUUUUCAGUUCAAAUGUCCACUGUUGAAACAUUAGUAGGGCCAUAGAUGUUUUGGAUGAGGGUAAUAUUUUUGUGUUUUCAGUUCAUUCCAGUGGAAAUGACCUCAUGAAGGGUAUGGAUAGCAUAUAAACAUCA